AUGGACAAUCAAAUGUCCAUCACACCAUCAUCAUCCUCUUCGCCUCCAUCAUCCAAUACAACUACAACUAUUACACCAUCAACUACACCAACCAAUACCAAUUUACCAUCACCAACGUCAUCAUCAUUAUCAACUCCAUCGCCUCAUCCAUUUAAUCAUACCAGUGGUGGUGGUGGUGGACCAUUAUCUGCAUCGUCGUCACCCAGUCUAGGGAGUAUAUCUUCACCAUCACCCAUUCUCUCACCAACUCCAACCUUUUUGUCCUCUCCAUUGCCACUAACAUCGAUUCUAUCGUUUGGAGCUGGUUGGCGUCAAUGGAACUCUGAAGCGUUAUCCAAAAACCAACGUUUCCAUAACUUGGUAUACUAUCGACUUGGAAAUCUAAAAUAUCUAUCCGAUUCAUUAGCAGAACCAGAACCAUGGGGAAAAGAAUUAAAAAUCUUAAAAAUUUAUCUUGAUAAUACAUUCAAAAGAAUAAUAGAAGAGAAUAAGUUGGUUGCAUAUUUCCCAAGUGAAACAUCGAUCCAACCUAUUCUUUUGGUUUUCAAUACUGGAUUAUUGUCAAAGACACAGGAAGAGAUUUAUUGUAUCUUGCAAUCGAUAUCAGUCGCUUCUUUGAGAGACCGUGAGCAAGAGAGUGGAGGAAGACGGUGCGAGGAGCGUCAAUGGAUACUCAAAGAGUUCCUCCCAACGUCAUCGAUGAGCGAUCAAAUAGUGUUUGACAAGUACAGUAGCCGGGUCGUUCCACUUGAAAUAUUGCCAGAACGUGCCUACUAUUACAUCGAUGGUGUUGAGAAUGCCACCUUUGAUCCACUCAUUCCAAUUGAUCGCGACAAUGUCGAUUUUAGCGCGAUCAUCAAGAACAGCUCGCAGAGCAAGAUCGAUCGUCUUCCACAAGAGUAUGUGUUUUGUGGCGACAAGGAGUUGCUGUCCCGAUUCAAUGGCGCCAUCAACACGACCAUCAUCCGGGCCAGAGCAAACCCGCGUUGUGCAGUCCCCCAAUUUCACCGUGACAAUGACGGUCUCAAAAAGAUCGACUUGCUCCUACCCAUCAGUAUGAGCAACAAGCGGGAUCCAGACUGCUCAUUGGUGGUUCGUCUCGUGGUAGAUCCCACCACAAAAUACAAGUUGUAUCAAGUCAGAGGUAUCCUCUCAAAAGAGGAUAGUUAUAUCAAUGCUAGAGUCAUCCAGAAAAUAGAUCAAAAGUGGAUGGAAUAUUAUGAAUUAAAUGAUAAUCAACAACAACCAACUAUUGGAGGAGGUGGUGGAUCAAAUACUACAUCAUCUAAUUCUACUUCUUCAUCUUCAACAUCAAGUAGUAAUGGAAGUGGUGGAACUACCGUAUUGGCAAGUAAUAUAUCACCAAAUGGAAGUAUAAGUGUUCCAAAUUCACCAAAUCUAAAUAAUGUAAACAUGAAAAUGAAUUAUAAUAAGAAAAAAUCUCAAGAUCAUCAUAAUAGCAAUAAUAACCAUCACAAUCAUAGUAAAUCCCAAUCACUCAACAAUUCUCCAUAUAUACACUCCGCAAACAAUAAUAAUAAUCAUCACCAAAAUAAUAUUAAUAAUAAUAAUAGUAAUAAUUCAAACAAUUUUAAUUUAAAUCACCAUCCACCCAAUAAUAACCAAAAGAAUGGAUACUCUCCUUCUUUACAGUCUGCGGGUAAUGGCCAAAACAACAAUUUUUCGUAUCAACAAUCUCAAUCUGUUUCAUAUCAAUUGAAUUUAAGUAAUCAAAAUGGUAGUAACAAUAAUAAUAACAAUAAUAACAAUAAUAAUAAUAACACUAACAAUAAUAAUAAUAAUAAUAAUUCAUCACCAAUUUCUCCUUUAAUGUUUUCACAGCAAGCGCCUCCGCUCAAUUUAUCUCAACCUAUCCAACCAUUGGAUAUUUCCAUGUCAAACAUUCAAUCACCCCAACCAUCCUAUUCAAACAACAACAACGGCAGCAACAAUAACUGUAAUAAUAACAAUAACAAUAACAACACCACUAAUUUAAAUAAAUCACUCAAGGGAAUUUCAUAUUCUUCUCCACCGACCAACUCUGCCAACAGUUACAACAACGGCAGCAGCAGCAACAACAACAACAAUAACAAUAUAACACCAGCCCACUCCCCGUCGCCACCACUUUCUGUACACACAAACCAACCGUCCAACAACAAUAACCCGGGCCUCUCCAAGUCAUCACCUCAACUGCCAUCCCACCACCAUUCGCACCACCAACAACAAAGUCAUCCCCAUCAACAACAACAACAGCAUCACCAACAACAACAACAACAAAGUCACCACCAACAACAGCAGUAUCACCAACAACAGCAAGCCAAGUCGGCAGGCCAGGGUCCGUUGCAGCAGAGCCAACAAACAAACGGAUAUCCCUCAACAGGGCCAUCACAAUCGCCACACCUCAUCGACAACCAUCACCUUGUAGGAGGUGGUAUGCCAAUAGACUCCAACACGGCAAAUAAUCUGCACAACCAACAAAUAUACAACACGUUGUUUGAAAGAGGACCAUUUGAUUCUAGAAGAAUCCAAUCACCACCUCCAACACAGCCACAACCACAACAACAACAACAGCAACAGCAACAACAACAACAACAUCAGCCUCAACCCCAAUCACCAAUUUACGCCUCGCCCAACACACCGACUCCGCUACACCCCUUCCACCAUUCGGGUGCCCUUUCUCCUCCCUAUGGCAGCCACCUUCCCACACAACAACAAGCCAUUUUCUCAAAACUUGAUCUUCAAUCAUCGGCACCAGCAGCCCCAAACCAACAUUUUUUAAAUCAACAACACCAAAAACCACAUCAUCACAACAACCACCACAAUGGUCCUCAACAUGGACUACGAAAUGAGAAAAAGAAUGUAUCGUAUUUUUGA